UAUUUUUGCAGGCAUGUGCCUAGCUGUGUAAACAGCAAGGCCCCAGUUUUCCUCACAGUGCAAAAGCAGCAAGGGACAAGCCACAUGCAGAGAACCAGAGUGAGACCAUCGUGCAUGUUAUGCUGAGGCAGACAGGGUUAAAGGCUCACUGCAAUAUCUCCAGGUUAAUUCACAGCACCAAUGUUAAAAGAGGAGCAACAAGACAGCGCUUUAUUUGAACAUUUAAUCAUUUGGAAGCAAAAACAUACAUGAUUUAUUUCUCCAAAUACAGAGAUAUGGUAGGAAAUAUGAGAAGGGGCACUUGAUACCAACACUUUCUUCCUAAAGAAAAAAGAAAUAUUACGACUCCUGAAGGAUUAGGAACCUUUUUAGAAAAAAAAGGUCUGUGUCACUUGCCUUGCCAAUGAAAACCAUCCUGCAUUUGAAUCUGUCCUUUUUAUGACAAGCCCAAUAUGACUCAUCACAUUCUGCUUGUAAAUAAUGUACAAAUGAGACACUAACUUUAGAGAGCUCAGUUUUAUUUGGCUUUCAGUGAGUGAAGCCAGUAGGGUAGGAAGACUUCAAAUAUAUAAAAGAGGCCUUCAGAAGGCAAUUAUGGUGGCUUCAGUUUUGGAGAUGAGGGUGGUUUUUGAAAUGCUGAAAUAAACUUGGGUAUCUGUUGUUCAAGUUUCCUAAUCCAAAAAUGAGUUAAUUGACAGCAGUUUCUACAGCUUUGUAGGAGGGUACUUAGGCUCGGGCUGGACCUUUGAAACCCACUCUGCAGACAGUGCUGUUAACAGAGUCAGCAGAGUGUGACUUUCAAGCUAUUUUUCCUCUCCUGGUCAGGCUGUUAAUAAGGUACAUAAAGCUCAAGUGAGAGGAAACUGCUCCAAAUUUCUGCUGUUUUCUGGGGCUUGGCAAGUUAAAGAGGGGACAGAGACUGGUUCUUUGGCCACAUCUACAGACACCAUUAGGUCUCUACAUUUCUGGACCUGGGAUUGCUCGCACAAGGGACAGAUCUCACAGUCAGAACCUUCCUCUCCUGGCCAACUGGCAGCUGUCUACAGAGGUGGCAGGUGGACAGUGUUGUUUGCUGGAUGUUACAAACCAGUGUCCAGGGUUUGACCAGCAGAGAACAGAGGACUGUCCAUACCCAUUGUUGGUGAGGGAGGCCAUCCACCAUGUGAAGGGACUCCAUAGCAGAGUCUUUUACAAAGGAACGGCACAAAUGUGAGUAUUGAUGCAACUUUCUAUGGGACACUCUGCCUGCCAAGUCCCCAUGCUGCCUGCAUUCCCUGAAGAGCGGGUCAUCACACAGCAAACACUACAUACAUCCCUCACAUACAUCCCAGGAAGGUCAGACACUCCACAGAGCAACUCUCCCUCCCUGCUUCCAUCCUGUCGGUGUUCACCAAGGUCCUGAUUUUGGUUCCUGUGUGGCUGUGGGCCCCUCGCCACCCUCACCCACUGUUGCACACAGGGCAAUGGAGCUGUCACUGCUCCCAAGCUGGAGGCCAGUGGGAAAACUGGCAGGAGAGGCCGCCACCCUAGCCCAGUGUGGUACAACUCGGGGUUCAGGCAGCCUUGAUGAAAAUGCCAGCUGUCAGGGUGCUCAUGGUACAAAACAGCUGUGCAGCGCGGGCCAGGCCAGAGGGAUUAAACCUCCAUCUGACUCAAAUGACUGUGGUUAUAAGGCAGCCACUCCAGCCUCAGGCAUCUAGUGCUCAUCAUAUCUGGGUCUGGCUGGGACCAGCAGGGACUGUCCAGGAAGUCUGGCAGCAGUCAAGGACAAAUUUAGGAUGCUCUAAAAGGGAACCCUUGCCUUGGCACAGGAGGGAGGAAGCAGGGAAGAAGGGAGUCAGGAAGGCCAGUUCUGGGGCCGGGCUGCAGGGCAUCACUGCACUGCCAUCAAUACAGUCAUACUUAGUGCUCGGAUGGAGGCACAUGCUGCUCCCAGCUGCUUGGGGUUUCCCUCAAAAAAUGUGUGUGGUCAUUCCCUGAUGAGAGGAGGUAAUUUCCUGGGUCACCGCUUUGCCUGUGGACCAGAAAGAGGGGCUGGCAGAGUGGUGGGCAUCCCGAGAGAGCCAUUCCCGGAAUGCUGGGCAUGCGACCCCUUCCUCCGGCCUCAGUGUCCCAGGACGGGCACAGGCAGGAGCAGCGGUGGCACUGGCGGAGCCAGGAGCUUUGGGGAUGGUUUAGCUGUCCCUGUGUGUGCAGGCAGAGCUGCCAGGCUCUGAGGCAGUGCGGGGUGUCCGCCCGUGCUCAUCACUUGGAGGAUGAGGAGCCCAGGCUGCAGCUGAGUGAACCUCCUUCUAGGGUUAAAGAAAGAAAAUGAGGCUGGAGACCAGGAAGAGCUUCUCGGCAGGGAGAUGCGCUGAGUGAGGGGUCAGGACGGUGGUGUGGGCUGGGACGAAAGCGGCCGGAGGGGCUUUCCUGGGGCAGCUCACCCAGGAUCUCCGCAGCUGCUCGGCUCCCAGGAGCGCUGAGAAUACAGAAGUUUCAGCUUGUAGGAAAACCGAGUUUCUGCUCCUUGAGACUGCAGAAACUUGGAAGUGUCUAGAAAUCGAACCUAAAAGAAAGAACCAGACGAAAAAAUCCCUUUUUUUUGUUGUUCUUUAUAUAGUUCCUACACGCAUCAUGUGAUUGUCUUCUGUAGUCUGAAUCACAGCCGAUUGAACAUUCGGCAUUGACGCUUGCUGAAAAAAUCUGGCCUUGCAGUAAGGCAGCUGACUCACUUCUGGUUCAACGAAAAAAUUUGGAAAUGGCCUUUAUGUCAGGUACUUUUGUGGGUCGAAGCAUACCAGUUGAAGUGGAUGAAUCCAUGCCAUUUUCCCAGUUACCUGAACACGUCUUGGAAAACGCUCUGCAGCCUUCUGGAGAAGAUAUGGAGGAUGAGGAGGCCCAGAGCCCACGUGUUGCUCAAACACCUCGGGCCAAUCCAUCUUGCCUUUGCAGAGCACCAGCAUGUCGUCAUUCAGCACUGUCCGUGGAGCCUGACAGCAGCUUGUGGUCAUCAAAGGAUACUGAUCCUGAUGGAGGUGGACACUCCUGUUCCCCUAGUGAAUCAAUAUCAGGAGUAUUUCCCUCGAAGACACAUUCUAUAGGGAUGGACAAACCAGGCAUGCAGCCAAGAUCACAGCUUUCGGCUGACACUAGGCACAGCUCCAGUAAAUCAGAGCAGAUCUUGUCUGAUGUUCCUGAGGACUCACUGGAGGAGAGCAGCCAAGGGAGUUCACAGCCACAGCAACCCUCAGGAAACAGACUCCUGGCAGAGCUGGGGACUGUAGAUACAGGGUACAACUCCCAGUCACAAGACGUCAUGGGCAUCAGGCAUCUGGAGCCCCCCUUACCACUGGUGUCUGUGCUGAACCCCCAGGACCUCCCAGGACCACUGAUCUCCAGAGAGUUUUUGGGACCUGAGCAUCAGCAGUGCCCUCUGUGCCAGCACUUGCCACAUCCCAACACCCCCUCGCAAGCCCACGGCUGUUUCAGGCACCGCUGCCCGGCACAGCAGCCCGCCCAAGGCCCAUAUGGCAGAGCUCCUUACCAACAUUUUGCAGAGCCAUCGCAACCACUUCCUCCUGUUCCUGGACCUUGCAUGAGAGUUAUCCGCCCGGCCCAGCAAGUCAUCCCAAAUUACUCAAACCUUCGUGCUCCCAGAGGCACUGGAGAUCGACCACCCCAGAGGACAUGCUCCUCCCCUGGUCCUCCUCGAUUCCCAAACCAGCUAUACAACCAGCUACCUAAUGGUCAGCUGCCCCCCAAGGCAUGUGGCCUGGAUGAAGCAUGUGGUUGUCCUUCUGACAAUUUUCCAUCUCCAGCUGCUGUCCCGAGACCUCUCAGUAACCCUGCAGUCAGGGGAACUCUGAGAACCAGCAAUCUGCCGGAGGAGUUGCGCAAAGUCUUUAUAACCUACUCAGUGGAUACGGCAGUGGAGGUUAUGAAAUUUGUGAACUUCCUGUCUGUAAAUGGAUUUCAAACUGCUAUUGAUAUCUUUGAGGACACGGUACGAGGUAUUGACAUCAUUAAGUGGAUGGAGCGCUACCUAGGUGAUAAGACAGUGAUGAUAAUCAUAGCAAUCAGUCCAAAAUACAAACAGGAUGUGGAAGGGGCUGAAUCCCAGCUGGACAGGGAUGAACACGGCUUACAUACUAAAUACAUCCACAGGAUGAUGCAGAUUGAGUUUAUACAGCAAGGAAGUAUGAACUUCAGAUUCAUCCCUGUGCUUUUUCCGAAUGCCAAAAAGGAACACGUGCCUACCUGGCUGCAGAACACUCACAUUUAUAACUGGCCAAAGAAUAAGAAGAACAUUCUUUUGCGGUUACUGCGUGAGGAGGAAUACGUUGCUCCUCCAAUAGGACCUUUACCAACACUCCAGGUUGUGCCGCUAUGAACAUUAUAACUUAAAGCACAUGACGAGUGGUUGUUAAAGGGUUGUUCCUGGCAGGGAGCCAGCACUCUUCCAGAUGGCUCUUUUUGAUGACAGAAGACGCUCUUUCUGCUAAAGAAGUUGGUUGUCUUGGGUUACUCAGGCUCAGCUUGUUCUCUACCAUGUUAAACAUCUAUUUCCAAAGCUGAUGGAACAGAACUCUCUUCUCUAGAUUUUCAAAUAAGCUACAAAUGGAAAGAAUGCCCACUUCUAUUUUAACAUCUGGUUUUAACAUAUUCCUUUUAUUAGUUAUUAUAGCAAACAAAUACCAGAAAUAAUGUUGCAGUAAGUAUAAUAUAAAAAUUACAUCCUCCUUUUUGCUCAGGGUUUCCUUAAAGAUAUUCCUGCUUUGUAUAGCAUUAUUGAACCAUUAAUUUGUAUAUACACUAUUAAAUAUAUUUGCCUUUUGUAAGGCAAUCUUA